AUGGCCUUCCAGGUCCCAACACACGUUCCUCGCCGGAGAACCUCCUAUUCCACCCCUCAACCACCGACCCUCAACAUCCCCUCCUCCUCGCCGGAACAGCGCGAUGACGACACCGCACAAUGGGUCCUAUUCUCCCCGACCGCUCGGACGCACACGACUUCAACCGAUCGCACGCAGACUGUUGCUCCUUCUCGGCUGAGUGACUUCGGUUCCUUCGCUGCAACCCAGUCCGGAUCUGGCGUUGAGGGUGAAGCCGAUGACGAAAAUGCCCUCGACGACCAACUGGACGAAGAUGGAACCGAACUGGACAGCCUAGACGAUGGACUGCACGCCUUUCGAGCACCCGAGCUGGGCCCGGCUCCCCCAACACGGUUUGAUCAGGGGCCACCGGCGAUGCUCCCUGCCCAUGACGGGCUAGGGGGUUUCCAGGCCUCGAGUCAGGCUGUGCAGGAACAGCUGUGGCAGCACGAGCAAUACAACCCCCAGCGGCCCUCAUAUGGCCAUCUCCAACAUCGCCGUAACUCAAGUGUGCAGAGGCAUUUGGAUAGCAUCGAGGAGGGCGAGGCGAACGUCGAGCGAGAACGGUGGCAGCGAAUCGAAGAAUGGCGUAUGGACCAGAGCCGGGCUCUGUUGCAGGAGAUCGAACGGGAAACCCGACAGAGGCGGUCUAGUCUGGCCAGCCGAUCGAGCUUCCAUCGAUCUGUUGAUCGAAGCUCUCAAUCUCGUGUGCCCGAGGUCCUAUCACGGGAUAUAUCACUGUCGAGGGAUGUCUCGGAGGACGAAGAGUCUUUCUGGCGCCGUGUCACACGAACGGUGAUCCGUGACCUGAUCGGGAUUGAUGAUUCCUUACUCUCCGUGAUCUUCGGUGAGUCGUUGCCGCUGGACGCGCAACCUCAUACCCAGGAAGAUCCACUAGACAUGGAAACGGUACUGGCUCGUGAACCGGAGCCAGAGUUUAGCGAUUCACCACUGUGGCAGACAAAGGUGCUCCAGACGAUCGCCCAUGAGCUCGGGAUCCUUGUCCAUCAACUUUGCGAACACCCCGGUGCAUUUACAACAUAUUACCAAAUGACUAAAGAUAUAUCCGCCGAAUAUGCGGGGAUGUCUCUAAACCGCCUAGCGGAAAGCGGCAUCUCUCAGAAACGCGCCGAGUCCACCGUAUCAAUUACCGCCGAUACAACUGGCGAUUCCAUGCCAUCCCCGCACUUCAUUCCCACACUCAGAGACGCAAAUCGAGAGCACGAAGCACAGUGGGGCAUUGAAGAUGAAGACCCGAAGCGGUCUGACCAACUCCCCGAAUCAACAAAACUCCAACAUGAAUCGGAGUACUGGGAAAGUGGACUUGAUGUAAUGAUGGUAUUCCGCUAUCUCCGCAAUCGCUUCAGCCGCCGAGGUUACAUGACCAACGAAACGCACACACCAACCCCACCUCGCCCGCGGCAAGAUGCAUCCCGCCGAGCAGCCAUCAUCCGGCAACAUCACCCUCUCGUAGCGCGAGCCCACUCCCGGUCCCAAACCCAGACCCGUCGCACAUCACAAUUCUCCGGUGUAUCAAAUCCAGCGGGUGUCUCCUCACCACUCCUACGACCGCAUCCCCGGCGACCUGCCUCCAGUUGCGCCAGCCAGAGCGCCAAACUCUCAGUUAUUUCCAGUCGGCGGACGAUGACAAGUUCUAGCAGGAACUACUGGGAUAUUGGCGGGAGCGAAACCAACAGUGCUAUUGGUGUUGGAGCUGGGCUCGGCGCUUGGGGUGAGGUCUGA